AUGGAAAGGCAAACAAGAACAGCAGCAACAACAACAGCAAUAACAACAACAACAACAACAACAACAACAACAACAACAACAACAGCAACAAUGUCAACAACAACAGAAAAAAAAUGGCGUUGCCUUCGGCAGAUUGUACUUUGACAGGUUCAUUUACAUUGUUUCAUAUGCUUUCAAUUUCAAAUUGAAUUAUAUAUAUAUAUAUAUUCGAUCACGCCAUCAUUGAUGAGUGAAAUAUAACAAUAUUUCACUCAUCAUAUGAAGUUUUCGAACAUUAAUCAAAGCAAUGGUCUUAUUUAAUAUAUAUAAUUCAAUUUGAAAUUGAGAGCAUAUUAAACAAUGUAAAUGAACCUAUCAAAGUUCAAUACGCCAAAGGAGAAUUUAGGGGCUAAAAUAGGGCGCUUAGGGCAUGCUCAUUUAAGAUAUGUUAUGUCAUUUUGUAUUAAGUAUUAGAUUUACUUUUCUUGCUAGUAUUCUGACAGUGAGUACGUGAGCGCUGUUCUAAAUGGUCUGGUUAAUACUAUUACAGCAACUGUACCCAUAGUGAUAACAGACAGGUAAGCAUGGAGAACUUCAGUGGAGUAAAGUAGAGUCAUUCUUUAUGGAUGAAUUAAGCUUACAUGGGUGAUAGGCAUUGGUGCCAAAAAAUGAAAUUUUCAGUAGCUAUUUAGACGACUUAAAAUUAAGUAAAUUAUCUGAUAUGGCCAUUGAACUCAAAAUGCGUUUUAAACUUUUAAUGCUGCUAAAAAAGUCACUGGAAAAUGUAUCUUUGCGAAAACGUUUUGUUUAUUCCACAUUAUAAGUACCCAAACAAUCUAUAAAUUUAUCAAACAUUUCAUGAAAUGAACGGAUUUGUGAACUUGAUAGCCGUUUCAAAAUUGUCUUGUAGUUUCAACGCAGCUAUUUCGGUCAAUAUUGCCGAAUGAGAAUGCACAUGGCAUACAUGAAAAUUUAAGUUAGACAUUACUGAAUUCAAUGCACCUUGUUUAAAUGUAAUUAUAACUAUUUUAGUUUUUAAAUUAUACUGAAUCAAACAGGAGAUUCCAGCCAGUUCAUAGUUACAUGGCUUUGGGUAAUUUACAUUUUGUAGUAGUUAUAAUGGGGGAUUUUUCGUAGUUUUGACUGUUCGUCAAAAUGUACGAGACGUUCGAAGCUAGCGAAUUAUCCCGCGCAACCCUCAUACCUUGAUAUACUUAGCCUCAAUUUUUGAAUUGCAGAAUAAUUAGUUGUACUAUCUAGUGUAUAUAAGAUAUCUAUGGCUGUGACAGACACUUUUUAUAUCCAUGCAUGUGCUUUUUUCUGUUCUGUGUAAGUUGAAUGCAUAUAUAGAAAUAUAUCAAAUUAUAAAAUCAUGCAUAAAUACAGAGUGUUUUACAUGUAAAUUAUUAUCUUUCUUUUAGUGAAGGUAAACAGAUUUUAAAGCUUUCAGAAGAAUGCAAGGUAUUUGUGUUUUUAACAAAAAGUUGAAAUUCAUAAAAUCAAUUUAUGAAUUGGAAAGACAAUAAUGUCUCGAUGCUUCUGAUCUGUAAGCCCUGAUGGCUAUCAAUACACUUGAAACACUGACAUUUUUCAUUUUCCAUUUCCUGACCAUUUUCCAACUAAUUGCCAAUUCCAUAGUAUAGACCAAUUCUGAGUGUCAACUGCACAUUCAAAUGGUGCGUUCUGCGCUUAUAGCUGAGACCGGAAGUAUUGGAAUAAGCAUGUAUCAAAGUAUUCAACAGUUCAAUCAUCAUUUGAAUACAAAAAGGAAGAAAACUUUAGGAAAAAAAUAAAAUUAUUUUGCAGCAUGUCUUGUAUUAUAAUUAUGAACACGAUUAUGAUUUAUUUAAAUCUUGUGCAGUUAUAGCUGUCAUCAUUACAUUCAAAACACAGACAAACAGAAACAAGAAAAUACCUGAAACUUGAGAUGGAACUAAAACUUCGUCGUUGUGAGCGGAAGCUCUUCUUCAGGAAGUUCCAAUCACUUGCUGACAAAGGACCUUCGGUCGAAACGUCGACGUUUUACUUGAAUGUAUUUUCCAGGUUGCUGAAUCCCUAUCGAUCUCAAUUUUCUAGUAUUUUUGGUAAUGCCUACGCUGGUAUACAGAUCGUUUGAGACACGAAAAUAACAUAUAUUAAACAGCAAAUAAGUUGGAAAGAAACGAACGUACCGGAACUGCGCCCGCGCCAUCUCGAAAUCUCGCAACAUGCUCGUAUUUAAUAUAUAAUUCAUCUUCGUUUCUUAUAAUAAAGUUUGUAAGCGUAGCCUUAUAACCAUUGGGGUAAUAUUUUCCAGUGCUUCCAUUUUCACUUUGUUACAGGUUAUUCUGGCAGAAAUUACAAAAUAUUUAAACCUGGAGAAACUUCUUCCCUCAUAUAAAUAUGUUGUAACAAGAAGGUAUGUAGUUUUAAUGUAUAAAAUGGUUUGGUCUGAAUGGAUGGACGGAUCAACUUUAUUUAAAACACACUAUAAUCUUUUCAACUAAUGCUAGUUUCCAAAAGAGGUGUCAGGUGUGUACCACUCAGGGUUGGCAUUUGUUCUUUUACUAUUUGUUCUUUUAUGCUCUUUUAUGAUAAAAGAACUUUUUUUUCGCCAAAUUUGUUCUUUUAUUUUCUUUUAUUAUUUUUAAUUUUUUAUGUUCUAUUAGUUAAAUUGUCACUAACAAUUUUAUAUGUCUAUAUUCUAGUACUUCGUCGAGAUCAUCAACUCCACAAAGUACUGGAAUAUAGACAUAUACCGAAAAACAAUGUGUAAUCCUUCUGCGUCAUCGUAUCUUCUUUGACAUGAUCGUAUUUUUUAUUAUGACGUCAUCAUAUUUUUAUCAUGACGUCAUCGUAUUUUUCUUAAAGCCGAAAAUGUUCUUUUAUUAUUUAAAAUGUUCUUUUAUUAAUAAAAGAAUAAAGAACAUUUUUUUCUGAAAAAAUGUUCUUUUAUCCAACCCUGGUACCACUAUAAUUUGCAAAAAUAGAAUAAAACCCCCCCCCCCCCCCUCCCCACACACACACAAAUUACCUAUGAUGUAUGUUCAUUACUGAUUUCAUAAAUUAUAUAAAUAUUUUAACAAAAUACAAAACAAGUGUAACUCCAAAGAUCGAUAACAUUUUUAUAUUUAUCUAAAAAUAUAAAAAUGUUAUCGAUCUUUGGAGUUACACUUGUUUCGUAUUUUGUUAAAAUACUCAGUGGUUCUAAAAAUAUAAAUAUUAUGAAUUUGUUAACUAAUAAUACUAGAAAUUAGUAAGAAAUCAAAGAAUAUUAUAAAAUAAUAUGUAUAUAACGCGUGCUCUGAUUGGUUGAAACCUGUGUUUAGAUUAGGCCAUCCAAACACGGAAAUUUAAAGUGAAAGUUUUUUAAAAUGAAAUUUUAACACGGAAAGUUGUUAUUUUAUAAAACAAUUACUUUAUCGCUUCCGCGGUAGCAAGCAAUGCAUAAAACCUAAACUUUAGCGGCAACUUAUCAGCCUGAUGAGCUCUGUUUUCUGUGCGAAGGACUGCAUGCAAAGAUCAAUGACAGUACACCGUUCUGGAUAAAAUAAUGGCAAUGUGCAGGAGCACAAUGCCGAUUUAAUGAUUAAAACAAAAAUAACAAAUUGCAGAUAAAUGUUACAAAUUUAGUAUUCAUGCAUAGCACAGAAAAGGUGGGGUGUUAAAAAACGCCUCAUAUACAAAAACCGCCGGUAACAUGUAUCGUAGGACGCAAAAUGAGGCAAGGGGAGGGCGGAAUGGAAAGGAAAACUUGUGAGGACUUGAAAACUUGCCUUGCGAAGCCAAAGGUGAAUGAUCUUGAGCUGUUAACGCUCAACGUUUUUAUAUAGUAGGCCCAAGAUGCACGUGAAGCGUGACAUGGAAAUUCACUGAUGUGUUGCAAAAUUCCACAGGAAAUAAAACUGGUUGAACGGGUUUCCCUGCGAGGUUCCCUCCAUAACCCCAUUUUGCGUGCUACCCCGAAUCCCUAAAUAUCCCUACAAAAUUCCCACGGAAGCAAUAAAUUGAUUAUUCGCUGAAGCAAAUAACUCCUUUAUGAUUUCCGUGUUUGGGUGGCCUGAUCCAAACACUUGGGAAUGUUCGUCGGGUUAAGAAAAGCGCGCAAAAUCACUCGCCUUCGGCUCGUGUUUCGAGUAUACUUCCCUGAGGAAUGCCGCAAGUUAUUUUCUUUGUUUUUGAAUGCAGUGUUUUAAUAUAGCUAUUGACAUGACAUGAAAAUCAGUUUACCAAAUUAAUCUUUUCAAUAACAUUUCAUGUGUGGUUCUUAGUCAUGCGAGUGGCUAAUUUAUACAGGCUUUUACUGAUUAUGGGAAACAUGAAAUUACUUUAUGGAAUAUAUUCAUGAGAAAAACCGGGCAUUGUACUGUCUACAUUAGGCUGAAACAAUGCGACGAAUCGGAUAUUCAGCGAAUCGGACUGACGUUCUAACAAUUGAGUAUCAAGUUCACUGAGCGCACAAGUUCAAAUUCAUAUUUAACUCUUUAUCGUUUGUCGCAAAUUUUAUAUUUUUUCUAUUCAAUUAUAUAUUGAAACGAAAACCACCGUUGAAAUUUUCACAAAAUAACCUUUUCAACGGGGGUCAAAUGCCUUCAAAACAUUACACAAACCAAAACAAAUAUUUAUUUUGAAUUUUUCAAGAUAUCGGGUUUUAUUCCCACGCGCGUGCCCACGCUACAAUUGGCCAAUAAGAAACCACCUUCGACGGCUACACGUCAAAUCAUGAAUAUAAGUACUGUAAUAAAAGAUGAACGUUUGAAGGUACAAGCUUGAAAUAACACUCUAAAUAGUGUGUUGGAUAAUAAUUCGAACAAGACUAUUACAAAGAAGAUAUGUUCAAAGGGGCCGAAGUUACCUUUGGCGAAAGGUAUGGAUAGUUUAUAUUUAUCGAGUGAUAUUGAGUCAACGUUAUGCUGACAACGCAUGCAGUGAUGAGGCCUUUCUCAUGAAUAUAUUGUAUCUUGUUUCCCUGAUAAUGGCUCUGAAAUAUGAAAACGUAUUUGCUAAAUCUUCUUUAUCUUUUAGUUGUCUGAAAGGUCUACGACUUCUUCAGAUAAAUGGCCAUGUUUCUUCAGAUCCUGAUGUGUUCAAGUACUUUGCCAGGUAUGGAAGUAAAUUUUGGACAGAAUCCCUACAGAUAGCUUGCAGUUGUGACCAUAUUUAGGAUAGCCAGUGCAGUAAUUGUUCAGAUCGUUAAUUACCGAUAUGCUAUUUGCCGAACUCCUUCUAAAUCGGUUGGUCGAUCUACUUUCUGCUUGCGCGGUUUGGAAUUAUUCACUCGAGAACGUUUCAUCCUAUCAUAUUAGCGAGUGAACAAUAUUACGCAGUUUAGAAACGAAGCAUUGGAUUUUGAGAAUACUAAUGAAGGCGUACCACAAGGUAGUAAAUUGGGUCCAAUUGCUUUUGUCAUACAAAUCAAUAUGCCACAUGUUGCUAUAAAAGAAGCUAUCAUGUUGUUAUCGCGCUAAAAAAGAAGAUUGUGUUGUCAUGGACGAGGAUAAGAUUCUCUUCAUGGAUCCCAAAAAUAAGUGGUUCAGCAAAAAAAUUAACUGAAAAUUAAAUUGGGAUAUUUGGGUGUUUAUGAUGUCCUGUCGUCUCAGCAUGCAUGUGUUGUAUGGUUGCUGAUUCAUUGUUUAUUCAUUGUUUGUUCAUCUACCUGGAUUAUAUGUUUUUUUCUAUUGCAUCCCACGAGCGGUUGCUUUCUCCUACAUAUUUAAAAGAGCACUCUUUGCAUUUGACCUUAUAAACUAUGCCAGAUACUUUAAAAUUAUCCAGUUUGUCUUUCGACGUUUUAGAAAUGUCAGCAACUGCAUGUUUGGAAAGGUUUAAAACUGUUCUAACAUUUUCCUGUUUUAGUGCUUGCCGACACCCUUUGCAUAUGGUAUAAAACAACAAUUCCAUUUUAAUUUGCACUUACCUGUGGUUCUACAUCUCGCGAUAUGGACGUUGCCGCUUCUUGGAUGAAUUUGCAUGGGUGUCCGUUAACUUCAAGGUCCUGAAAGGAAUGGAUAAAGUAUUUCAGGACCUUCAAAUUAACGGUAGCCGCGAAAAUUCAUCCAAGAAGCGGCAGCGUUCACCCCGCGAGGCGUAGAACCACAGCCAAGUUCAAAUGCGAUUGCUGUUUUACCACUAAUAACAGGUGGGAAAUUUGUCUGAGCAUGCGCGAGCAAAAUGAGUCACGCAAUUGAGUGGAAUACACGCAACGCGUGUUUACAAAAAGGCACAAUCGUGUAAAUAUUGCCAAAUGUUUGUACAAAAUAAAUGACUGUUUUAUGUUGAAAAUGGACAUGAUCUAAAUUAAUCAUACAGAAUUUUUUAGUGACGUUCUAUUUCAGUACCCUGCCAUUGUUUCUGGUGGGCUGUCCGUGUGCAUUCGAUCUGAAACAGUUGCUACUUUGCUGUCGAAAAAUUUCGAAUGUUUACAUGAAAAUAGAGGCAAGUAAUGCAUUUUUCAACCUCGUAAACUGUAUGAGCCCCUAUUUUUACGCUUAUACCUAAGAUAUCAAAUAAAAAUACAUGAAGCAGAGAACAUUUUUAGAAAGUUUUAUCGUGAGGCCACGGCCAGUUUUUAAAAUAUAUUUAUUUCCGUUCCGGUCAUCACCAAAAUUACACUAAAGCCGGGCUUGAAUAUACAACAAAUUUAGAAUCUCAUCAAGUACAAAAAUAUUUAACGUGUAACCAAAAUAUGCUCAUGAAAUCGAAAUUAAUAGCUAAAUUUUCAAACUAGACCCUUCUCGAGCCGGUUUUCAUGAAGGAAGUUCACAUUUCGGCCUUUGAUUCUUGGCAAAAAUUUGACCACAACACGUGCGAAGCAACUGGGUCUCAAAGACUGAACUAAAACAUUGUGAGCCCCUAUUUUCCUGACGAUAUGUUUGAUACCUACAAACGCCGAAAAGUUUUUUCUUUUCAUUUAGCUAUAUUUGAAAUUGAGGCCACGGGCUAUUUUUGAGAAAAUACAGUUCAAAGUCAAGCUAUUUUUACAUAUUUUCAAAAUUUGUCAAAUUUCGCGAGCUUGUAUUUUGAACUUAGACAGCUGAAGUUACAUUAAGAAACAUAGGAUGGAGAAUUUGAGGCAUAUAAAGUUAAUUUCAACUUACAUUUCAUUCUCAUAUCACGUCUUUCUUCGUUUAUUACGGUUUUAAACAAGCCACAGAUCGACGUAUACGGUAUUUACUCCCAUGUUCACGUCGCCAUAUUAACUUCUUCCAAUCACUCGAUUACAAAACAAAUCAUCCCAAACCAAAGAAUUCAUAGUCGACUUUUAAAAGAAUAACCGUUAAUUUGUAAAUCGUUGAAUGGAAAGCAAAAAAUCGUCAGCUAAAACAGCUUCUUGCUAACUUUCUGCUUUGUUUUGAAUGUAAAUGCAAUGAGCUUUGUUUCUGCCCGCGAUUUUUUGGUCAGCGACGACAAAUUUCCCAUCUGUUACCACUAAUAUGAAAAGGGUGUCGGCGAACAACUUAAGUACCCAAAACGGGGAAAUGUUAGAACAGUUUUUAAUUUUCCAAGUAGACGAACAAACAAUGCAUCAGCAAUCAAACAAUAAUACAUCAUAUACACCCCAAAUAUGCCAAAACAAUGGAACAAUGCGUAACGAAUUAACAAGUGUUUCUGGAGUCGUUGCAUUCAACAUUGGACAAAAAUGCGAUUAACGAAAGAAAAGGAUUACUAAAAUGUUAUAGAAACAAUGGUGCAUAACGUCAAGUGCAUGGGUAUAAAUAUCAGUUGUUUUUCCAGACGCGUAUGAGAAUAUAGCAUUUUUAAUUUCAUUGCAGACAAGACUGACAGUUUGCAGUCGAAAUUUCAAUUUUUAAAACGUUAUCUUAGAUCAGCUUCAACUUUUCUUAAUUAAUAAAAUGGUUUCUACUGAUCGCAUUCCAAGUACAUGUAUCCUUUUUUUGUACUUCCACCAGUUUCACGCUUUAGAUAUAUAUAAAUUUUAUUAUGUUACUUUCCAACUAUCAUAUUGUCAACAUAACUGAACAACAACUCGAUCAGAACCACAUUAUACUCCCCACAUCAUCGGCAUGUGACUUCUAUUGCAGCUAAUAAUUCGUAUCUAAAUUAGGCAACAUUUAUCUGCUUCUUAAGGCUUUAGUGUAAAUGAUGUAAAUGAUGUUUAUUGAAACUCUCUUGCAGUAUAUUUACACUGAAUUAACGAGUCCAAAGUAUUACUAAAACUAUAUUUACAUAAAUACAUACAACUGUUAAAACUAUGUACUAUAAACAUUAAAAAUAUUUAAAAGUAAAAAUUGUUCAGAUCUUAAAGUUCUGCAUUUAGUUGUGUUCUUAAAUAAAAUAGUAUUGUCUUGACCAUUUCGUAGACUAUACCUGCAUUCGCUCAUCUUAUGUCUUGGCAGCAUAAAAUGCAGGGGAUGAUCCUCCUUCUUCAUUUUAGUCAUAUAUUUUUUACAUAAGAGUUCGCAUCUGCUCUCCAAUGUUGGUAUCUGUGCCAUCAUCAUCGCCUCAUUAUAAUUAUCUAUGGAAGGGAAGAUGGUUCGAAGUGCCCUUGCUACGGAGCUUUCUCCGGUCAUUCAGGAUAUUUACAAUCAGUCCAUUAAGGAAGCAUAUAUCCCAGAUUUACUUAAAUCUAAGAUAACGUUUAGUGUAGGCAUUUUCAGGAUGACUAUUCUGCUGUCUUGAAACGAUUAGUUGACAGGUGGUGUUUCCUUGCAUCUCCCCUAACGUUUAAUGAGGCAGGCCAAGUAGCACAACUCGCAAAAUAUGAAUACCGUUCAGUUCUAAAGUGAACAUACUCGAAAAUUGAAGUCAGUGCGUAGCUGUUAUAUACUGGACAAUCCCACUCAUUAUUACACUCGCUUCUACAUACUAUAUUUUCAAACGGCCAGUGUCACUGGAUUCUACUAACUUCCCGACGAUGAGCAUUCGCUCGAAACGUGGACGUUCUGCUGAUAUACUUUCAGGUAGUUAAUAUGUAUCCUUCACUCCGCAGCUUUCUACAUGCAGUGUAUAGUUUCGCGCUUACGUCAUAUUCUGACGUUCAUUGAACUAUAACCUCCACAAUUAUGUGUUUGUGUUUUGUUUUAUAGAAUUGGUCAUUACGAAAAUGUUCGUUUAACAGCCAUUGAAUGUUUAGUUGAUAUUAUUCAAGGUAUAAAAAGAAAGUUUCUGCAUAUACAUAAUAGACGUUUCCCAAGAUAGCUUAACAACCUCUUUCAAUUAAACCUUUGUAUUGAAAUAUGGUUGAAAAAGCUGUCAAAUCUUUAGAGGCACAUAUUUUUGGAAGAUCCUAUGUUGCCAACCUUACUACUAUUUAGAUAAUAACGUUAAGAAUUCAAGUGCUUUCAUUGGUCGAGAGCCAUGAUCUAUUAGAGGACAGAUGCACAGAAUACGUCAUGCACAAUUAAGUUAGCCAAUAGCAUUCCCUUAUUUGUAUAGAUCAUGUAGGCGUGAUAUUUGUAAAAUUUCGACUUUUUCAAAUUUCCAAAUGCAAAAGAGUGGAUAAAAAGUAAUAAGCUAUUUACUAAUAUAUGAGAUCGUGAAGCUAUGUUGGAGUUGGGCAACAUCUAUUAUUUGUUCCACUUAAAAAUACUAACUUUGUGAGCCGUGUUCCUUCUUUAGCUGAUUGUAAUGGAGAUAUACUGGAAUUGUUGCUUAAUAUGGCAGAGACGGAUCCUUCAUCGUAUAUCAGGUAUUGUAUUAAUUUUUGUGGCUAAUUUAUUUGUGGUCUAUAAAAUGCCAUUUGAGCCAGAUAAAAUAGUAAGGCUUGUUUCAUACGUCUCACUGUCGUCAAAUUUAUUUAGACGAGUCUAAUUGAAAUAUUGAAUGCAUUACAUGCGACGGUGUAGUGCGUCGUAUGAAACAUAAUAGGGCCAUUUAUACGUGACAAAAUAAGUCGCGACUUACAUAAGACGCGACUUAAAUAAGUGGAGUUAUCGCAUAAAUGGUUCUCUACGGCUUUGGUCUUAUUUAUUUGCUAUAGCUAUAAUGUUGUUUUGGUUGUUUUUGUUUUAAUAUGCAAGGCAUUAAAUUUUACGUUGUUUCAAGUUUCUGGCAUGUGUAGUUAGGCUUUUUGUCCAAAAUUUCUUAUUUAAGACGCGACUUAAAUAAGAACAGCUAAAAGACCUGUUCUUAUCCAAGACGCGUCUUACAUAAGAAUUUUGUACCUUUUAUACGACAAACUCGCGUCUUACCUAAGUCGCGUCUUAUGUAAGUCGCGUCUUAUUUUGUUCCGUGUAAAUGGCCCUAUUAUUCGACAAUACUAAUAUGUAGAGCGUUUAGUUUGCAACAUUUGGUGCAAAUUAGAGGCCGAUUGCUUACAAAUUGAGUGCCUAUAAUACCAAAUUUCCUGAACCAGCUGCGUAGGGUGUUCUGUAACCUUACUGCUGUGCUUGGACGUGUAAGCCGUUGCUGACCAACGGACCGAAAGAAAAUACCAUUGGAAGCAAUUUCACGAACUCUUAUGUUUUAAUGUAGAUUGAAGCAUGACUUUAAAUCAUAUGUAAUAUUAAUAAUGUUAUAAAAUAGCUUUAUCUUGUAUUAAAAAAACUCAUACUACUCAUUAAUACUUCAUGAGGAAAAGACAAAGGAAAUCGGUGCCGUGUCGGUGGGUUUAUUUGUGAUAGAAAAUUAUGUUUACUUGUGUAAACUUUAGCUUUGAUUUUCUCGGCAUAGACAAUGUUUAUUUUUAAAAUUACUUCGUCAAUGACUUCACGAUCUGUGUUACGCACUUGUAUUUUUCAGGCAUCCAUAUCCAUCUGCAUUUACCUUGUAUUACCCUAUUAUGUCCCUUCUCUGCCAAAUCAUUGAUAUAUGAAAUAAGUUGAAUAAUUAGCAAUGUUCAUCAUAACGCACAAUAUUUACCUGGGAUUAUUCCUUAGUUAACACUUCAAGCUUAUGCAUUCUUUUUAUUUUGACCAAUUUAAUUAAAUACAUAUUAAAUUAUUAUGCUUAUAAAAUUGUUUGAGGCGUUGCAUGUUGUACGUUUCACAUUAAAUUAAUUAGUGGUAUAAUGUAUAGUAUUAUAAUAUAAUGGACAUGCGUUUUCAAGAAGGCAAGAGGUACAGAUUUGUUUCAUUUUUGUUAAAUUUUACGCUUUUCAGGCAUAGCAUUCUCAGAAUGUUAACUGAGAAUCCUCCAUUCUCCAGAAAGUCGGACUCUCCUAUGGAUAACCUGGUUCUUGUAAACAAAAUAUGGAAUUACGCAAGGUAUCUCAUCUUUGUGUUUGACAUCCUUAUCUUUGUCGAUAGAACUAAUAGUAUAUAUAGUUGGGGUUUUUUUGUGGAUAGAAUAUUCGAGCGAGAUGCCCCAUACCUUGAUAUUUACUUUCUACUGGCAUCUGUUCUACUGGCUUAUGUUUAAAAUGUAUAUAAGUUUGCGAAUAUUCCAAAAGCCGUGCCGAAUAGGUUACUUUACUUUAUUUGAUUCCAAUUACAUACAGUAUAUAACAGUUUGUGGAUGAGGCUGGGCAUGGUAUCAAUAAUUGCCAAGACUGAGGUGAACGGUAUCUGCCGAAGUCGAAUGCUCGGGCGUCCGAGGUCUAGAUAAUUCUGAUAUAAGCCGAAUCCAAAUUUGUUGUUUUAUUAUGCACAGAUAGUAUGUUUGCAACCAAAACAGCCGAGACUAUAUCAACCACUAAGUCCACUCGUACACGGCAAAACGAUUGAUUUUGAUUUGAUUUGUUGCAUUAAACAAAUUUUACAUAAAUCUAUCUAAAUAUACAAGACUAAAUGCGAAUAAGUAUAGGUAAUUAUUUAAAGCAACUGGUGGCCGAACAGGGCAUUGCCCCAAUUGAACAUGAUUACUACAAACUCUGCUCACGAGUUUUCUUGCAAAAACUUACUUCUCUCGUGGUUGAUUUUUUCCGCCGCCAUGUUGUUUAUUCAGAAUGCACAACGUCACCUCACGUACACAGAAUUUUCAAUGUCGUGUAGGUGGCAAAAUGAUAUUUAAAAAUACUUGGAUUUAAUUUAGGUUUUUUCCCUUUACUAGCAAAUGUUCUUUAGAUUCUCGGUUAAGGUGUGAUUUUAUGGAUCUUUACAAUACCUUAUGGGGACGAGUCUCUCCCGGAUGUGUUCCAACACAAGGUGUAAGUACUAUUUAUACAUUUGUAUAUCCAACCUUUUAGAUUAGUAGAUUACAUCUAUAAUCGUCACCAUUUUCACAAACAUAUACAGAUAGUAUUCAUUUUCGACCCCUUCCCGCUAUCUCCCAAAGCAUAUUCUGAAAUGUUGAACCUUGCGAAUGAUGGUGGAUCUAUCGUCAUGAUUUUAUAAAGCGUACGUUGUGCAGCUAUGCAAUUUGACGACUCCUUAAUUUGAAUUAAGGUGGUUAUGAUACGAAAGUUUAUCCCACUUCGUGAUAAUCACAUGCUACUUGCUAGGUUCCUCUCAUAAUGUCUCCUCUGUAGAUCUUCGCUAAAGAACAUUUUUCUCAAUUACUACAUGCAUUUAAAUGUAAACUUCCCACGUAAAACUUACCACAAUACCAUUUGGCAUAUACGAAAUAUAAUACUGGGUGGACACUGAUUCAAAAAUUGUUGCGGUUUUUUAAAAUAAAGGUACUAGGGACAUGUGAAUUGCCUUGAAAGACAUAUUAAUAAACAAUUGAUCUUGCUAUGGAUUCGGUAUUUUAAUGGUUUAUAUUCUUUACAUGGUUAUUGUUGUAGUGUUUUUCCAAAGUUAUUGAUUUUUUUAUAUUUCCUUGACGAAGAGUCUUUACUCAGAUCUUUGGGAACUAUUUUUAUCUCUUUUAAAAUGACUGUCAUGAAAUUCAACAAAGGUUUUUAACAUGCAGAAAGUGUCCUUCGGACACCUGAUGGUCAUUUUUCAACUGUUUUGAAAUCGCUUGAAAAAUGAUAAAACUAACUAUAAGGACAUGAACCUCACAGUUAAAAGAAAGAAAAUUUAAUCUGGGUUUUCUCAAUCAAUGAACAGUUUUAAACUUGAAAAAUUGCUAUCCGGUAGAUAGUGCUACCCAGCCUUCGCACAAUGGCCCUAUAGAUCAUUUCUUAUGACAACUAUUGGAAUGGCAGUGUGUUAGAUAUGUUAAACAUAUCACAUGUGAUAUAAUCUUUAUAACGAUCUACAGGUGCCAGUGUAGAUUGUGUCAAUAAAUAAGAAAGCUUCGGAUUGAUAUAGCGACACAAAUACGUGGAAAAAUACAAUUAUCUGAAAAAUACGAAGUUAGGUCCCGACGAAUUAGGGCCUUUGCUCGAAAUGUUGAAGUUCUCCUUGUAAUUUCCAGGUAGUCGUAUCCAUAUCACAUGUGUAUGUUGCUUAUGUAUUUUUAGAUGGGAGUACUCAUUGAUUUGAAAGAAAAAAGAAUAACAAACUUUUCCUCACUUCAUGCGCCCAACGAAAGCCAG